AUGUCGGGCAAUCUCAAGAGGGUGCCGGGCACGUCGGUUACACCCCCAACUGCGGGUGGACCAGGAGAUGUCCCUCUCAAGGAAAAGAAUGACGAAAGCGAAAAGUCUAGAACGCAAGUCGGCGAAGACAACGAGCUCCCUGACCAGCAGAGUACGGAUUUAACUCGACGGAAUUCAUUAGCAUCACAACAAACGACUGCGAGUGAACAUGUUGUUAGCCUGAAAGCUCUGGAGGCAGGGUUUGCUGGUGUGCGCGAGAAAAGUGGGAAAAUUAUGAUUGUGGAUUGGGAUGGGCUAGACGAUCCAUGUAAUCCGUUAAAUUGGUCAUAUAAAAAGAAAUGGAUUGCAACUCUUAUUGUAUCAGCAUUUACAUUUAUUUCUCCUGUUUCUUCGGCGAUGAUCGCUCCGGCAUCCGACCAGCUUGCCUCACAGUUCGGGAUAACGAAUACAGCGGUUCUCGCUAUGAGCACUUCGGUGUUUAUCCUCGGGUAUGCUUUUGGGCCCCUCUUCCUCGGUCCACUUUCAGAAAUGUACGGUCGAUCACGAGUAUUACAAAUAGCAAAUAUCUGGUAUCUAAUUUGGAACACAGCAUGUGGUGGUGCUCAGAAUACCGCCGAGCUUGUCGUCUUUCGAUUUCUUGCAGGCCUUGGUGGAAGUGCACCUCUAUCGAUUGGUGGUGGUGUAUUAGGAGAUUGUUGGCGUGCAGAAGAGCGUGGUCAGGCCAUUGCUUUGUAUUCACUCGCACCACUUCUAGGCCCUGUGAUCGGUCCUAUUUGCGGUUCUUGGAUCGCGGAGAAAUCGACAUGGCGAUGGGUGUUCUGGGGUACAUCUAUAGCAGAUGGCGUCGUGCAGAUUCUAGGCUUAUUUUUCCUUAAAGAAACCUUUGCACCUAUCCUCCUGGAACGCAAAGCCAAUAGGCUACGCAAGAAACUCGGAAUCCAGAAAAGCGAUGAAGCAGCUUGCAAUAUCAUGACGCCGUUCCAGGGCUCAGACCGAACUUGGCAACAUGUAUUCAAAAAAGCUAUCAUCCGUCCCUUCGCACUCUUUGUCCGAGAGCCGAUCAUCCAGCUCAUGGGACUGUACAUGACGUUUGUAUAUGGGUUAAUUUAUCUCGUUAUAACAACAGUUCCUGGAAUAUACCAAAUUACCUAUAACGAGACUGUCGGGAUUGCGGGACUCAACUAUAUCGCACUCGGGAUUGGAAUGACGGGUGUGAGCCAGAUCACUGCACGGCUUAUGGAUCCGAUCUAUAGAACGCUCAAAGCGAGGAAUGGUGGGGUUGGAAAACCUGAAUUUCGACUUCCAUUAAUGGUCCUCGGAACGUUUUGCCUCCCCAUUGGUCUUUUCAUAAUGGGCUGGACAGCCGAGAAACACGUAUUCUGGCUCGUUCCCGACAUCGGUUUAGCUUUUAUUGGAGCAGGGAUGGUCGUUAACUUCCAAGCGAUUCAGACGUAUGUUAUUGAUGCGUUCACGUUACAUGCUGCGUCUGCAUUGGCUGCUGUGUCGUUUCUGAGGUCGUUAGCUGGGUUUGGGUUCCCGCUUUUUGCGCCUGCUAUGUAUAGUAAGCUGGGUUAUGGGAAGGGGGAUACGAUACUUGCGGUGCUGGCGAUUGUUAUUGGAUGUCCUUCACCGUGGUUAUUCUGGAAGUACGGAGAACAAAUCCGGGCCCGAAGUCGAUACGCAGCUUAA